GCAAAGCACCUCAGAAAACAACCAUUACUCCGCUGAUUACAUUUAGAGUCUGCAUCGCCGGUAGACAUUGUUUGUGUAUGAAUGUCCUCCGCUUCAUAUACCAGCAAGUGCUUUUUGCAAACGAACCCCUUCUCCGACUUUGUCUAUAUCCAUAACCUGAAAGUACACCAGUACUCCAUUCAGCCAUUUCUCUCCCGUUAAAUCCGACCGUAGAGCCAGAUCAGUGAUACAACCAAAGCAAGCGACCAUCAUUUGCGUCCCUGGAGCGGAGGAUGGAGACUGCGCACGCACACGCUUGAAGUUCCCUGGAAUCCCUCAGUUGCAACAGCUGAUUUCAAAGCGCGUGAGCAGCAACUUCUCACCGUUUCUCUGUUGCGCGUGGCUAGACUUCAACUCUUGUGACUGGUGCCGCUGACGAAACGCUGACACCGAGCGCGGACUUACCUCGCCUGGGAUUCGGUGGACGGAAGGGAUCGCUCACUGUCACACUUACUGCAACAGCACGGACACAAAAGCUCUGAAAUCAGUCUUUUGUCGAACCCCCUCGGAUUAUUAACCACCAAAUACGAAUGAAGCCUUCUAGCAAACAAUCAACCAGGAUAAAUCAACAGCGUCUCUCAUUCCGGGGAAUAAUAUAGACCACAAUUAAAAAAUAUCGUUAGCUCGGCUACGGGUCGUCCCGCAUUGGUCCUUCUGCUUCCGGUAUCACCGAAGAAACCAAGCCGUUUGUGUUCCCUCGGCCACAGUUUUUUUUUGCUGCAGAACUUUUUCGUAAAAAAAGGAAAAUGGGUCUUUGAGGCGGUUGGCAAAAUUCCCCGCUCUACAAUGGCGACCGAAACCUUUCUGGUGAACGAAGACCCUUCCAGAGGUCCUGGGAUGCCUGAAUGCUUUGUAGUGUCUGAUUCCUACAGGGAUGAAUUCCAUCCCUUCAUCGAGGCCCUGCUGCCCCACGUCCGUGCAUUCUCCUACACCUGGUUCAACCUGCAGGCCCGCAAGCGCAAGUACUUCAAGAAGCACGAGAAGCGCAUGUCCAAGGAUGAAGAGCGCGCGGUGAAGGACGAACUGCUGGGCGAGAAGCCGGAGAUCAAGCAAAAGUGGGCCUCGCGGCUGCUGGCCAAGCUCCGUAAGGACAUCCGGCCCGAGUUCCGCGAGGACUUUGUGCUGACCAUCACGGGCAAGAAGCCGCCCUGCUGCGUGCUGUCCAACCCCGACCAGAAGGGCAAGAUCCGCCGCAUCGACUGCCUGCGGCAGGCCGACAAGGUGUGGCGCCUGGACCUGGUGAUGGUGAUCCUGUUCAAGGGCUCGCCGCUGGAGAGCACGGAUGGCGAGCGGCUGGUCAAGUCGCCACAGUGCUCCAACCACGGACUGUGUGUCCAGCCACACCACAUCGGCGUCUCGGUCAAAGAGUUGGACCUCUACCUGGCCUACUUCGUCCACACGCCAGCAGAGUCCCAGCAAUCAGACAAUUCCAACCAGCAAGGAGACGCGGACAUCAAGCCUCCGGCCAAUGGGCAUCUGAGUUUCCAGGACUGCUUUGUGACUUCGGGAGUGUGGAACGUGGCCGAGCUGGUCCGCGUCUCCCAGACUCCGGUUGCCACAGCAACUGGACCCAACUUCUCCUUGGCCGAUCUGGAAAGCCCCGGCUACUACAACAUCAACCAGGUGACCCUGGGCCGGCGAUCCAUCACCUCCACCCCGUCUACCAGGACUGAGAUGGAGCUUUAUGCAAGUCUCCCUCGGAGCUCCAACAAGCGCAAGUCCAUUGAUGACAGUGAGAUGGAGAGCCCGGUGGAUGAUGUGUUCUACUCUGGCCGUUCCCCCGCGGCUGGCAGCUCCCAGCCCAGUGGCUGGCCCAACGACGUGGAUGCAGUGCAGCACCAUUUGGCGAGUAUGCAGGAGAGGAAGAUUAAGCAUGAGAACGAUGCCGUGCAGUUUCCUUACCAUGAUGCAGAUGAAAGACGAAGGCCCUCUUAUAAAGCCUCUUCAGAAAGGGACAUUCAAGAAACAUAUACAAGACUCACCUCGCCUGGUUCUCUAAAGAAGCCGGGGAAAUUCGAUUUCAGCGCCCUGUCACCCCAGACGAGGCCCCCCCGCAUGACCUUCACCCACCACAUGCCCAUGCUGGCGGGCGUGAGACCAGGAAGCCCCCGUGCCUCUGCCUCCUCCCUGCACUUCCCCUCUCCUUCCAUCAUCCAGCAGUCCAGCCCGUACUUCACCCACCCCACCAUCCGCUACCACCACCACCCGGGCCAGGAUCCGCUCAAGGAGUUUGUGCAGUUCGUAUGCGCCGACGGGUCAGGGCAGUCAGGAGGCCAGCCAAACGGGAGCGGCCAGAGCAAAAUGCCGGGCUCCUUCUUGCUGCCUCCACCCCCCCCGGUGGCCCGCCCAGUGCCCCUCCCCAUGCCCGACUCUAAACCCAGCAGCACGCCCCUUGACGGCGGACACACCACGCCCACAUCUCCGUCAUACUCCACGUCAGGCUCCCCAGCUCCCAACAGGUUUGUCAGCAUCGGAUCACGGGACAACAACUUUCUAAACAUCCCCCAGCAGACGCAGUCUUGGUUCCUCUGACAAGACCUGCCAGUUAAUAAGCGACUAGAAUUCUACUAGAAGCGCCUGUCAUUAUAUUUGGGAAAUUUCAAACCGAAAAAAAACAAAGAAACAAAGAAACAAAAAAGUUUAAUUGUGAAAAAUAAUAUGCCAGCAGAACAUGCCCUCUAACCCCUCCUCUGAACCCGUAACCCUGAAACCUUAAACGAGGCCAAUCAGAUCUGAUCAGGAACUCUCAGCCCGUUUGUACUGGGCCUCUCCCCAACCCCCCACCCCUGACAGCCCCCCGCUACCAUUGAAAUAAAUAACAACAAAAACAAAAAAACAUACACAAAAAAAAGACCCAGCUUCUCUGCCCCAAUUCAGAAGAAAAAGAGGAUCCCAAAUCCAACCACACUAACACAAACGAGUUCCAAAAUGGAGGACAUCCCGUCAGCUCUCCCAACGACCACUGAACAGCGGCGUAACGGCAACACAGCAGACAGCAACACAGCACGAGAAGCAGGAGAAGACAAGACACUUUGCAGAUGUUUUUUUUUUUUCUCUGUCGUACAAGGAUGCAUUGUGCACUGGCUGAGGAGAUCAACAAUUCUAUGGUGAAAUACGAGAGGUAUAGGAAAAAUUAUUUGGAGGAAAAAAAAAUGUAAACAAAACAAUGCAUGGUGUUUUUUAAAUAUAUGAAAGGGACAUGAAACUCUGUUUUCCCAGACACUAAACAAACUGACAGUAAGUUGGCUGCACAUACCCCCCCCCCCCCACACACACACACACACACAAAUGCACAGCAGACACAUGCACACAUACACACACACUCUCUCUCGCUCUGUCAUACGCACACACACACACACACACACACACACACACACACACACACACACACACAUACACACACUUGUUAGUCAAGGCUGCAGCACCCAUUUAGCAUUGUGUGUAGUCAGCUUCUAUAUCCCUGUUUGUCCUCCCAAAACACUGAAACUGUUUUAGACAACACCCAAAUGUCCUUGCUCGACCAUUACAUACAGUAAAAGACAUGCAAUCCAAUCUGACAAACUCACACACACAAAAACAUUUGCACUACAAAUUGCGAUAACACUAAUCUCUUGUGCACUAUUGAAUGUGGGAUGGUGAAGAUGUUUGCACAUUGUUAUGAAGCAUAAACAAGAAACAAUGAUGUUACUUGUCUUUUGAAAGAGUUCCAUCAUUUUAGGGGCAUUUUCUACAAGGGGAGUAGAUGGAUGGCCUCUACCCAAACACACAAACACACACACUCACACACACACACACACACACACACACACAAUGCGAUUUCAAUUGAGCUGAUCAAAAACAGCUCUUAAAACAGGGUCAGGAAAAUUUUCAAAGUACGCUGUGGACCGUGAACAUGAUCAGAAAUCCUCGAAAAGCAGGUGCUGUACAUUAAGAACAAUGCAAGGAAUUUUUAAAUAUGACAAAUUAUCUUAAAGAUUUGAGGCAAUUUCUAAUUAUUUUUUUAAUCCUAAUUAUUGAAGACUUUGCCUUCCCUACACCCCUAGUGCCAAAUGAGUGUGAGUAGCAUUAGGUGUGUACACACCCCCCCCACCCCCAAUUCACUCUUAGAGGGAUAAAUACCCCUGUGACACACACACACACACACACAACACACACACUCUCACACACACACUCACACACACACACACACACACACACACACACACACUCACACACACUCACACUCACACACACUCACACACAUACACACACACGUGUACAUGUGUACUUGCACUCACCAUACAGUCCCUGUCACAUCUCUGCCCAGCACUCCUUGGGUGUAGUGUGAGAUGGCAUGUAAUACAACUAAUGUUUGAAAAUCAGCUCCCCCUCAAAGUAAGCCAUUUCCUCACUGACAAUCCCAGGUUGAGUGAGUCUUUUUUUACUGGCUUUCGAGGGAGCAGACAUCGACCCCAGACAAUGACCCCAGUUUUAAAGCGCGUAGGCACAUUCAGACAGGGUACAACAGGGUGCCGUAGUCCUCUGGCCUCCGCCCAGCUCCUGAGCCUCCCAGCCGUGUUAAGUUUACCCCUGUUGUUUACUCUCCCAGAAGGCCUCUUUCCGUGCUCCAAGAGCAGAGGCCGCACUGAGGAGCAAAAGAAUGUGUGACAUGUCCUGCAGUAGCUAUGCUCUGAGGCUCUGAGACUGGGGGAGAGACGGAGGAACAGGCCCGACACCAUCACACCAUCCUGACCAUCCUCCCAUUGUGUUCAGAGGCUGCAAGGUUUGCCCUGAGCAGAGUAUUGCCCCCCCCCCCCCCCCACACACACACACACCACCACCACCAUACACACGCACACACACAUAUGUGUAUAAACCCACGACCGCAUCACACAGUAGGCCUGUAACCACCCCUGCUAGAUUUGACUAUAAAGGGAAGCCUUGAUUUAAGGGCAAUCUGAGAAUAUGCCUUUAGAUUUCCAUUUGUCUAACGAAACUGUCAUCCGCAAUGAGUUUAUGUCUGUUCUUAUUUUUCUUUUUUCUUUUUUUUUUGUUUCAUUUCGUUUGGAACACAACACAAAAUCGUAGACCUCACAAAAUAACUGGACUGCCGGCCCAUGUGCGUGUUUCACUGCAGGGGAAGCUUGGUUGCCAUGCAGUAGCCAUUCCAUCAGCUUCACGGAGAGCAGAAUUACCAUGGCGACGGUGUUUUCUUUUUCGAAUCUAUGGAAGUGCCUCAGAGUUUCCAUUAUGCAAUUUGUUACAACAUGAAUUCAGGUUGUUUUUCUCACAUAUAAGCUAUAAGGUGAUAGAAUUUUAUGUCUGGAUGAAAAAAAAAAUUAAGAAACAAUAACAGCUCAUGACAAAAAGAAUGACAAGCGUCUUUAUAUAUACACACAAUAUAUAUCCAUAUAUAUUUAUAUAUGCAUUUUCUUUUUCCUUUGCGAGAUAAGCUCAGUGGCAGUCUAGUUAUUUUUUGAAGUAUGGCAUUGUCAGGUGUCUCAUAUUUCUUCAUAAAGUACCAGGCCCUUCUUACCAUCACACACCAGUAAAUUGAGAACAGAAAAAAGUCCAUGGUCAAUUCAAUGGAAAUUUGUCACGCUCAGAAAUAUUGAGGGAAUGAAAAGAGGAAAAAAUAAGAUAAAGCUUUUUCAUUUUUUUUUCCUGUUGUGUUUAGAUGGGAAUUAUUGUUAUUGAAAAAAAUGAUAAUAAUGUGUGUUGAUUGAGCCAUGUGCAAUGCCUUGAGUAGAACAAGUGUGUUUGCCUGUUAGAUUGUUAGAGGGUGUGACCUGUCAGGAGAGGGCUUCAAAAAAAGACCUUCUAUUCUAGUUUCCAGUCCUCCAGCUCCAGGACUCUAAAUCAAAGGGCCGAGAGAAAAAAAAAGAAAAAAUCAGUCUUUGUAAGUUUUGGGAAACCUUUUUUUUUUUUUUUUAAUCUUUCCUUUUUUGGCUUUUUAAUGUUUAUUUGUAAUGAUUUGUUCUCAAUACUUGGGAGGGCUGAAGGAACAGUUUUUAUCAACACAACAAAAAUAUAUAUCAUAUAAAUGAAAACUGGUGCUUUUAUGAAAUAAAGUACAUUCAAUUUCUAUCAUACAUAAAGAAUAAUAAACAAAAAAUUACGUGUUACCAUAAAGCAAAAUUCUAGAUAAAAACAUGCAUUAUUCUAUUUCUCUCUUUGUAUUUACUAAGGGGGGGAAGGGGUUCAUUGUUGUUGAGGUUGUGACAAAAGGCAUUUUUCUUCCAACCUUUAAUCUUAUAAGGUCGAAGAAAUCAUCAGGGAGACUAGAGGAGCAUGCAGUGCAGACAGAUGCUGAACUUUUCACUUUGAUGGACUAGCAGUCGAUCACACAUUGGACACUUCAUAAAUUGAUCGAUCAUUACCAGAAAGGUAAUCUGUCUAUGCAUUUUUUUUCCAGUCAGAUGGACUUGAGUGCAGGCCUAUGGUGGUGCAAUAUCACAGAAGCAGUGUAACACACACACAGCACAGUAUACAGAACAGUCUAGGAGUCCUCAGCACCCUACCUUCCAAGAACAGACCCCUGUUUUAAAGGGCAGGGCUGUGUCACACGUGUACAUAUUGCUGAAUACUUCUCUCCGACAUGAAUGACAAUAUCUUCCCUCCUCUGGGAGAUGCAUCAAAUGCAGAAUCCCCUCUUUGAAGAAGUGGGCUUUAAGAAGCUCCCAGCCCUGAGAGUGAAGUGUUUUUUUUCCGAGAGGACUUGGAGGGAUGGGAGGUGUAAACGUGAACCUCGUCAUUGGUAGCAAUAGUUGAGUAGUAGACUCCCAUCUCACGCCAAGGGACAGCGAGGGAAACCAGCGAGAUUAUUUUGAAGCGAUGGAGAUUUUUAUUUUAGAGGUGAUUCCCAUCCCCCGAACCCCCCGAACCCCCCCCCCCCCCAACUUCCAGUUUUCCUACUGUGUAAAUUACUCUGGAUAUUUGUUUCGUGGUGUAGUGUUUAGAUUCAGAGCAUCUUAAAGGUUGUCCCUAAAAAGUGCCUUUUGUUCACAGACUCCAUCUUGUAAUCCUGAGUGCCCGUCUCAAAAAAGAUUUUGAAAAAAGAAAAAAAAAAGAAAUCCCCUCCUUCUUCAUCCUUCUCUUGUACUCUCAUUCUUCAGGCUUUUCAAAGCAGUAUAUAUAGUACUAAAGGAAAAUUGGUGUGACUUAGUUCCUCUUUUUAUCGUUGGAUAAUUAAGAAAAUUGAAAAAAAAAAAAAAAAGAAUCUGUCUUGCUUUUUUCCUUCCUCUGUGUUCUGUCUUUCUGCCUCUCCUUUGGACACUGGAGUAGACCUGUAGCCGCGUAACCCUCUCCUUGCUCCCACCACCACCUCCCCUCCCACCUCCUCUCCCUUUCUCCCCUUUCCCCUCCUUGACCCUUUUCUCUGGACGGAGGGGGUUUUAAAAAAAAUACAUAAAUAAAAUGCAAAAACUUUUGUCUGAGCAGAAUGCAGUUAGCUCACAUGUUAUUCUUGUCUGUACGCUUCACAAUGUAUACCAUACCAAUCUCUUCAGCUUCUCCAUUCAACAGUUUAAUGUAAGUGAACCAGUCACACCGCUGGGCUGUGGGGAGCUGUCCUUGCCGGAGCGGAGUGCUGGAGGGCGGCUAGCACUCUGUUCACUUCUGUUCUUUCUUUUUGUUUUCAUUGUUCCGUAGCUGUCGUCGUUGGUGUUAUUGUUGUUGUUGUUGUUUUUGUUCUUUUUCUUUUGGAGUGCGAUGGUUAUUGACAUAUCAUGGGGAGGAGGAGCAGCAGGCCUAAGAGAUCUCGUUGUGGGUGGAGGAGGAGGAGGCAGAGAGGCCACGCGGGGGCUGAUUAGGGAAGUUUGUGAUGUGUUUUUUUAACUAUUUAUUUUUAUUUUAGUUUUUUUUUUAGCCUGUUUUUUACUGAAUUGAGUUUUUUUCGCUUUGAUCUCAUUUGUUGUCAGUGCUACUUUUUUUAGGCAGCAGAUGCUGAAAAGGUUUUUUUUUUCUUUUUUUUUGUUUGUUGUUUUGUUUUUCUUUUGGAUGACGCACCUUUCUAGCGGUUGAUCGAGACCAGCUGUUUUAAACAACUGAAAAAAGACCUGAAAUGACUAAGCACCUUAUAACGGAAGGGGCAUGGACAGGGGAGAGUGACGGGCUCAGAUUUAUACUCCCAAUUGUAAUCUGUUAAUCCCAGCAUCUGAUUUAUUAUUUAAAUGAUGAAAAGACAUACAGCGUAAUUAAUGAGUAGAACCAAAUUGCCAAACCAAAGUGAUGUGGUCAAAGAUGCUGCAUGCCACUGAAAACCCAGACUGUGGUUCCAACAAAGUCACCUUACCAAUUACACCAGCAAAGACAAAACCGUUUUCAGUUCAAUGAGAUAUGGCUCUGGCUCCAAAGACGUCAUAUUUCUCACCAGAUUAUGCAAGAUGACAGCAGUCUUUUAUUUCUCCUAUUAGCAAACAAAGCCAAUAGCAGUAUUAGCCAUGACAGGAGACCACCACAGCUGACAAGCCAUAGUGACAUGCAGGCGACUCGAGAGCCCUACGCUCUUCGCGCCCCCCCCCCCCCCCCCUGCUCCCCAGAGCCAAACCUCCCCGGCACCUGCCCCUCCGUGCUUUGAGUUUGUUUUUCCUUUCAUAUAUCUUGUUUUCUCUUUUUCUUUCCUAGAAAUUUUUGUACGUUUGCAAAGUGUGUAGGGCAUUUGGGCCACGUGUAGAGUUGCCUAGAGGCCCCCACAGGCCCCUGCUCCCACCCAUUUCAGCCCCCCGGCCAGCGGCACCCCCUUCCUCCGGCCCCAGCCCCCCACAGCUCAUGGUGAAAUGCAUGUGUUAAUUACAAUUUCUUUUCCAUAAUAAGGAAAAAACAGUUUGAAAAGAGCAGCUGAUUGAAUAAAAGGAUGUUCUUGACUGUA